AUGGUAAAUUCACAAGCCGGUGUGUUACUUUUAUUAUUGAUAGCACUAUUUAUUGUGUCAAUGUUUGCCGCACGUCCAGAUCUAUGUAGUUUAGAGUCAGAAACCGGUAUAUGUAGGGGAGCAUUUCCACGAUUUUACUAUAAUGAAGAAACAAACAGUUGUGAACACUUCACGUGGGGAGGAUGUGGAGGUAAUGAAAAUAAUUUUGAAAAUGAAAGUGAAUGCGAACAACAGCAAAAUCCGUAUAUGAUUAAAGAUGUAUGGCAGCACAAUUUAGAAACAGAAUUUAAAGAUAUUAGAAAAAUUGUUCUUCAAUAUCCGUUUGUAGCAAUGGAUACAGAGUUUCCUGGCAUAGUUGUUCGUCCAUUAGGUGAAUUUAAAACCACUGCUGAAUAUCAAUAUCAAUGUUUAAAAUUAAAUGUUGACUUUUUAAAAAUUAUUCAGUUGGGUUUAACGUUUAUGAAUGAAAAAGGAGAAAGUCCACCUGGUGUUAGUUCAUAUCAGUUUAAUUUUAAUUUUAAUUUGACAAUGGAUAUGUACGCUCAAGAUUCAAUUGAAUUAUUACAAAAAUCUGGUAUUCAGUUUAAAAAACAUGAAGAUGAAGGAAUCGAUCCACAACAGUUUGCUGAAUUAUUGACAACAUCUGGUGUUGUAUUUAUGGAUAAUAUUGUUUGGCUUUCAUUUCAUUCAGGCUAUGAUUUUGGUUACUUACUGAAAAUGUUAACGGGCAAAUUACUACCAGAUACUGAAAAUGAGUUUUUUGAAUUGUUAAAAUUAUUUUUUCCAAAUAUCUAUGAUGUGAAAUAUCUCAUGAAAAGUUGUAAAAAUUUAAAAGGUGGUCUGGAAGAAGUAACUAAACAACUUGAAAUUGAACGUAUUGGCCCUCAACAUCAAGCUGGUAGCGACAGUCUGAUGACCGGUUUAGCGUUUUUCAAAAUGAAAGAGUAUGGUUUGGGACCUAGCUCGUUUCCCGUUGUUGGCUUUGCUUAUGAAGGUAUUUUGGCUGGUGCUACAGAAACUGAAAAUAGUCCAAUGAGCUCAAGUAACGCUAAUUUUAAACAAUUGUUUGAACAAGCAAACGAAGCGUUUGUGGAUGAUAAAUAUCAAGAGGCAUUAGAUUUAUAUUCAACUUCACUCGAUCAAGAUGAUAAAUCGGAUGCAUCAUUCACAUCAAAAAUAGUCUCAUCACGUGCACAAUGUCUAUUAAAAAUGCAUAAAUUUGAUGGUGAGUGCAAAAAAGAAGAAGCAUUGAAAUCGUUCACUUCCGGACUUGAAAUUGAUCAUGAGCAAUCUACUAAAUCUCAAAAUGAUACGUCAAAUCAACAAGAACAAAAAGUUGCUACGUCUGGAGCAGAAACACAUGUUGUAACCCCAAAAAUAAAUGUUAGUGCUAAACUAUCAUCUGAUAGUGAUUAUAGCCUCGAACUUAAUCUUGCCUAUCCGAUUAAUGAUGAACGAACAGAUUUUAAAGUGUCUAGUGCUAAUAUAGAAAUCAAAUUAUUUAAGAAAGAUGCUAUACAAUGGACAUAUCUCGAUGGACAAACGAAUCCAAAUGCUCCUCCAAUUCUCAUGAAUAAACCACUGGCACAACAACAGCAAGCUGCACCCACUUAUCCAUCAUCAAGUCGACAUCGAAAAGAUUGGGAUAAACUUGAAGUUGAACUGAAAAAUGAAGAAAAAGACGAGAAACUAGAAGGCGAUGCUGCCGUUAACCAAUUGUUUCAACAAAUCUAUCGUGAUGGCUCAGAUGAAACUCGACGAGCUAUGAACAAGUCAUUUUCUGAAUCUGGAGGAACAGUUUUAUCAACAAACUGGGAUGAUAUUAAACAGAAAAAGACGGAAUUAAAAGCUCCCGAUGGCAUGGAAUGGAAAAAAUAUGAUACUUAA